UGAACAUUGUAGGCAAUGAAAGUCCAAAGGAAUCUGUAAAUCUAUGAACACAACCAUAAAUCAAUUGUUGUCAGGAAGAUAGAGAGGCAGAGGAAGAGAGAGGGAUGGGGCUUGAACACUUCAGCCAUGACCAUCCACUAAUCCUCACAACAGAGCACAUGUAUGAUGAUGAUGGUGUUGUGAUAAUUUCUUGCUACGCGUGUGAGCAACUAAUAAUCUCCGGUCAAUCCUACUACGGUUGCAAUGGUUGUUGGUUUUUCCUGCACAAAUCAUGUGCAGAACUACCCAAGAAAAUUACACAUCCUUCUCAUCUUGAACACCCCCUUACUCUCUUUUCAAACCCAACAUAUAGAAGCCUUUGUGAUGUCUGUAGAGAAACCUGCAACAGAUUCAUUUACCAUUGUUCCUCAUGCAACUUCGAUGUUGACUUGAAGUGUGCUUCGGUGGCGUAUAGUAUUCAACAGAGGAUUGAGCACAAAAGUCACACACAACACCAGUUGAUCUCUCUUCAAAAGCCAGCCAUGUUCUUUUGUGAUGCUUGUGGUACAAAACAUGAGGGCACCUCCAAUCUUUGUACCACCGGUGGGUUCUGGGUCAACCAGAAUUGUGCUAAUUCAUUACCUAACACCAUUAAACUCACUAAUCAUCCUCAUCCUCACCCUCUCACCCUCAUCUAUUCUAUUCCAUUUGAAUCUUACCGAUCUUCGCCCGUCUGCGCAAUCUGUCACGAGGGAGUGUACAGAAGAAAUUGGGUUUAUUAUUGUUCCAACUCUGAAUGCAUAUAUUUUGUCCAUGUAGAUUGUGCAACAUCAGAGACUGAACAUUACAUGUUGACCCGUUUUCCUUGCAACUCAUUAGAUUGCAAAUCAGAGGCUGAACUUAAAGAUCUUGAUCUUAAUCUAAACGACCUUAAUCUUGUUGAUUCGGGGAUAACAUCAAAUACCAAACUAUCCAGAUGUGGUUUCAGAGAUUGCAAAUCAGAGGCUGAACUUAAAGAUCUUGAUCUUAAUCUAAACGACCUUAAUCUUGUUGAUUCGGGGAUAACAUCAAAUACCAAACUAUCCAGGGAGUGCAAAGCAGAUACUAAAGCUGAAAUCUUUGACCCUUAUUUGAUCAAUUUGCCAAUGGCCAAUGAAUUUGUUGAUCUGGUGACCCAAUUUAUCAAGGGCAUUAGACUACAAGGGAAGUAUGAAGGGGCGACAAAGAUCCAACAUGUUAGUCAUGGGCACCCUUUAAUUUUUUUCGACGAACAACUUGACAGUGAGUCGUGCUCUACUGGGAACAAAUUGCCCCUCUUGAAUGAGGUGAUGAAGAAUGAUGAAAAAUGCAAUGGGUGUGCACAAACCAUUUCUGCUCCAUUUUUUUAUUGUGCUGAAUGUAACUUCUUUCUCCACGAGUGGUGUGCAGAGUUACCCAUUGAACCGCGACACCCAUGUCACCCAGAGCAUCCACUUUGCCUGACCCCAGAUUUUCAUAUAUUUGGAUGCAUAUGUUGCGGAUCAGAUAGCAAUAAUACGUUUUUUUUCGGCUGUUCUACUUGCAAAUACUUCAUCGUCGAUUUUAAGUGUGCAUCCCUACCACGCAUUAUCAGACACAAAGCUCACAAGCACACCCUCGCUCUAAGGCAAACAUGGUCUGGUAGAUGCGGUGCCUGUAAUGUUGUUGAUCAUCAAUUUGCAUUUGUGUGUGACCCUUGCAAUCUGAAUAUUUGUCUUGGGUGUGCUGUUUUGCCGGGUACGGUUAGUUACAGAUACGAUAGACACCCAUUCACCCUAACCUAUUCCCCUCCUCUCAAAGACCCGAACGUGGAUGAGGAGUACUAUUGUGAGAUUUGUGAGGGGGAAAUAAAUCCGAAAUUGUGGUUCUAUCAUUGUGUCAUUUGUGAUCAAUCUCUUCAUACACUGUGCAUCCGUCCUAUUGAUUGGAAUCCAAAUGUCAAGUACAAGGGGAUCACUAAAUUCCAUCAGCAUCACCAUCACCAUCACCCACACCUUCUCAGACGUGCCGAAAUCUCCAUGGAGAAUAGUGAUAUUCAAUCACCAUGCAGCCAAUGUGGCAAAUGUUUUGGAGACGAUUCGCAUAUGUACUACAAAUGUCCACUUUGUGUUUUUUUCCUCUACCGUUGCUCCUUCUCGAAAAAAUAAAAUUUGUAUAAACUGAAAUUUGGUGAAAAUCUAUUUGAAGAUUUUCAAAUCCGAAUUGUGAUAGUUUUGGGCUUCAUUG